CACAUUUGAACCAAUGGCAGGACAGACGGCUCUGCCGUAGCCAAUGAUAAACCGCUGUUGAGUGCGCACUCGUUUGGCUGACGACGACCAUGGAGCGGAGUAGUGUCCUCUUCGGCGUUUCAAACUUUUAGCGUUUAGUUUCAUUUCGGGCAGAACGGAGCGUUUCCCUGAGCUGGAAUGGGGGAGAUAGAAGGUUCAUACAGGGUCCUGCAGACCCCUGGCACAAGACUGGGAGCCCAGUUCAAUGCUGGGAUCAGCACUCUGGAGCCGGGCCAGAGUCUCAGUGGCAACAUGGUCAACAGGAGCAUAAGCCAAGGGAGAGGAAUACAGAUCCGUGUGCAGGGGCUGGACGACUCUCAGGAGUUCUUUGAUGUAGAACCAAAGGCUCUUGGACAGAUCCUUCUCUCUGAGGUUUUCCACAGAGGCAACCUCAUAGAGAGUGAUUACUUUGGCCUCGAGUUUCAGAACAUGCAGAUGAACUGGGUUUGGCUGGAACCCACAAAACCCAUUUCAAAACAAGUCAGAAGACCAGCAAAUACACUUUUUAGACUGUCAGUGAAAUUCUUUCCCCCUGAUCCGGGUCAGCUGCAGGAGGAGUACACCAGGUAUUUAUUCUCCCUGCAAAUGAAAAGGGAUCUGAUGGAGGGCAGGUUGAUCUGCACAGAAAAUACUGGUGCCCUGCUGGCCUCUCACCUUGUCCAAUCGGAGAUCGGCGACUACGAUGACGCAGCAGACAGGGAAUACCUGAGGAUAAACAAGCUGUUACCUUACCAAGAGAAAGUACAAGAACGGAUUAUGGAGCUCCAUCGCAGGCACCUGGGGCAGACUCCUGCUGAAUCAGACUUCCAGAUCCUAGAGAUCGCCCGUAAACUGGAAAUGUACGGCGUCCGCUUCCACCCAGCAGCUGAUCGCGAAGGCACCAAGAUCAACCUCUCUGUCGCUCACAUGGGCCUGCAGGUUUUUCAGGGCCACACAAAAAUAAAUACCUUCAACUGGUCUAAGAUUCGCAAACUGAGCUUCAAGAGAAAACGUUUCCUCACCAAGCUUCACCCAGAAGUCCAUGGCCCCCAUCAGGACACUCUUGAAUUUUUGAUGGGCAGUCGAGACGAGUGCAAAGUCUUCUGGAAGAUCUGCGUGGAGUACCACUCAUUCUUCCGACUGUUUGACCACCCACAGCCCAAAUCCAAAGCUGUCCUUUUCACUAGAGGCUCCUCUUUCAGAUACAGUGGAAGGACCCAGAAGCAGCUUGUGGAAUAUGUCAGGGAGAAUGGAGCAAAGCGAACCCCUUACCAGAGAAGGAACAGUAAAGUAAGAAUGUCGGCUCGAUCCCUCGCAACCGAUGUGCCAAAACAGAGCUUUUCAUUCAAUGACAGUCUCAGGUCCCCGGGCUCGUCUUCCUCCGCAGCCGUGACUUUCCAGUCAAUGCACAUCCCUAGCGUUUUCCCGCUAACAGAACGCCAACCUCAGCCCCAGCCUUUGACCGCACUGAGUCAGUCUCCAGCACCUUCUCAGCAGCAGCAGCUUCAGUCCCCUCUGCAAGCCACCAGACCCCCCAGCCCUCCGAAGGAAGAGCCCAUCAAGCCUACUUCCCCGUCACCCUACGCUUUUCAAGAUUCAGUGGUGGACAGCCCUCAGCUCUCCCCCGUCGCCUCCAAAGGUCCCCUCUGCCUGUCGCCCUCCUUCCAGAUGUCGAACCUCAGCCUGCCGGGCCAGACCCCGUCGCCCCUGCAAAGCCCCAUCCUGAGCGAGGUGGGCAGCAAUGCCAGGCUAGAGGAGGAGGAGGAAGGCAGGAGGAAGCGAUAUCCCACCGAUAAGGCCUAUUUCAUUGCCAAAGAGAUUCUGACCACAGAGCGAACAUACCUGAAGGACCUCGAGGUCAUCACUGUGUGGUUCCGUAGCGCUGUGAUCAAAGAAAACGCCAUGCCCGAAGGCCUGAUGACCCUCCUGUUCUCCAACAUCGACCCCAUCUACGAGUUCCACAGAGGUUUUCUGAAGGAGUUGGACCAGAGACUGGCUCUCUGGGAGGGGCGUUCAAAUGCUCAUGUCAAAGGAGACUACCAGAGGAUUGGCGACGUGAUGCUGAAGAACAUGUGUGCCCUUAAGGAAUUCACCAGUUAUCUACAGAAACACGAUGAAGUGUUAACAGAGCUGGAGAAGGCCUCCAAGAGGCUGAAAAAGCUGGAGACGGUCUACAAAGAGUUUGAACUGCAGAAGGUCUGCUACCUACCCCUCAACACAUUCCUGCUCAAGCCCAUCCAGCGACUCAUGCACUACAAGCUAAUCCUGGAGAGACUGUGCAAGCAUUAUUCCCCUGCCCACCGCGAUUAUGACGACUGCAAGGAGGCUCUGAAGGAAGUGGCGGAGAUAGCCACUCAGCUUCAAAGCAGUCUUAUCCGGCUGGAGAAUUUCCAGAAGCUCACAGAGCUGCAGAGAGACCUGAUCGGCAUCGAGAACUUGACGGCACCAGGCAGGGAGUUCAUUCGAGAGGGGUGCUUGUACAAGCUCACCAAAAAGGGGCUGCAGCAGAGGAUGUUUUUCCUGUUCUCUGACAUGCUCCUUUAUACAAGCAAAGGUGUUACAGCAACCAAUCAGUUCAAAGUCCAUGGACAGCUGCCCCUUCAUGGCAUGAUAGUAGAGGAAAGUGAAAAUGAAUGGUCGGUUCCUCACUGCUUCACCAUUUACUCAGCUCAGAGGACCAUUGUGGUGGCUGCCAGCUCUAAAGUGGAGAUGGGAAAGUGGAUUGAGGAUCUGAACUUGGCUAUCGACAUGGCCAAGAAGUCUCAAGAGAAGUCCAGCAUCUUUCUUGAUGCUGGACUCAGCGAUCGCUCCAACCGGUCGUCCGACGAGGUUUCUCUGGAGCAGGAGUCGGAGGAUGACAUGAACUCCUCCCGCACUUCACUGGACAAGCAGACGCACCACCGUGCCAACACAACCAUGCAUGUGUGCUGGCAUCGCAACACCAGUGUGUCUAUGUCUGAUCACAGCCUGGCUGUGGAGAACCAGCUCUCAGGUUACCUCCUGAGGAAGUUCAAGAACAGUAACGGUUGGCAGAAACUCUGGGUCGUUUUCACCAACUUCUGCUUGUUCUUCUAUAAGACUCAUCAGGACGACUUCCCGCUGGCUAGCCUUCCACUGCUCGGCUACACAGUCAGCACGCCCGAGGAAUCGGACGGCAUUCACAAGGAGUACGUCUUCAAACUUCAGUUCAAGUCUCACGUAUACUUUUUCAGAGCAGAGAGCGAGUACACCUUUGAAAGAUGGAUGGAGGUGAUCAAAAGUGCAGCCAGCACUACAGGCAGGAUGAGCCUCCUCAUACCUAAAGGAGGUCCCAUGGAGAUGAACAGAAACUGAAAUGAGCGUAGUGUAUCUGGAGGCUGGGCCUCUGGGGCAUCAGAGACUUGUCGGUGUCAUUUCUAUGUGAAAUAGACAUUUAAACAUUAACAAAUGAAAGAUACUGCCAGUUUCAAGUGUUAACAUUUUUCUUCUUGAUUCUAAUGGUCUGUGCAUUUUGCUUGAUUAAUGAUGUAAAUGGUAACAUUUGUCCCACUAUACAGGAUAUAAUGAAAGGGAGAGGUGUACAUUAUGAGCUUUUUUUUUUUUUUUUUUUUUUUUUUUUUCCUGCAUGUGUUGUGCUCUUGUUUCUUUGAUCGCAUAGACUGAUGGGAGAUGCUGUUUUUAUGGGACCAACACAAAGGGCUUAAAUUCAGGUUUUCUGAAGGACUGAAGCUUUACUGGGUACAGUACUGUACUGUGACUGACUGGGAUACAGAUGAAAUACAGUAUGUGGGAAAUGAAGGUACUGCAAAUUGUAUGUGCUCUUUAAACUGUACUUUGAAAGCGCUGAGGGCAUUAGUGAGGAAGAGGUGAACGGGAAGGUAAUGAGAUGCUGAAGCAAGUGGGAGACUCGAAGAUUUGGGAAGUUUUAGGGAAUUCACGCUGCUGCGAGGAAGCGGGAUUUGUUGUGAGCAGUAUUCGUUUCUAUACUCUGAGGCCAGACCUGAUUGCUUUAUUUGCUCCGAGUGGGAGAAUGCAACCAGUGUUUGAAACUUUUUAAAAGGGAGCUGUUGUCUUUUAUGCCCCUGGUUAGUUAAGCAGCGUUACGGUCAGUCUGGUGCUACAUUUCUCUAUUUUAAUAUCUCAUGUUUCCUGUUUUUAUGACCCAUAGGGAUUAACUACUUGAGGACAUGCUGCGCAACAAUUUUUUUUUUCUAGUGUUUACUUUGUAAAAUUUGCAGAUUUUCCUUCUAAAAGCUAAAGAGAACAUAUUUUUAAGUAACCGUUUGAGGAUGGCUUACCACAUGUCAGACUUUUACACGAAUGGGAGCUGCACAGAUGACAGUAGUGUAGCGUUUUACAUGAACCCAUGGUAUUAUUUGGUAUAUAUUUUUAUGAAGACUGGAAUCUUUACGCUCUGUGUGUGAUGUGUUAUAUUUUUUUUGUGUGUGUGUGUGUGUUUGUGGUGAAGCCAAGCGUGCAGUCCUACUUGCACCUCCUUCCCCCUCCCCGCCUCUGGAGCUUAAAGAGAAAGUGAUGAUGGAGGUAAUCUCCGAACCAUCAGGCAUUCUGUGCGAGUAAGAGGCAGACUCUGCUGCACACUUAACAUCCAGUAUGUUAUUCCUAUUUAUUGUGUAGGAUGUGGUCAGGGCCAGGCUCCUGAAUACACUCAUGUAGUCUUCAUGUUAUUCCAUUUAAAAACCUAACAAAUAAAGCAUCAUUUGAAUCAGA